AAGAAACUAAAUCAAAUAAAAUUCAGUUUACCGGCUGCGAGAAUCGAAGCGAGACCCCUACGCACAACAGUUAAAUCCUUUGUGCUUAAAAUAUGAAAGUAUUGUAAAGAUGUGUUCACUUACGUUUUAUUUAACAAAACCACUAUACCAAAACUUAAUAAUAAUUCAAUGAAAACUUAAAAUAAUUAAAAGUAUGAGGUUCCUAAUGAAAUGCCCUGGUAACGCAAAUAUACCAUUUUGCAAACCUUGCAAUCAUAAUUUGAAAUAUGCCAGAUCACAUACCAUAAUUAGUUUUAAGUAGAUCUUAUCUAUUAGUAUAAUAUUUUGUAGUAUAUCCACGAUUUUGAAAAGCAGCUUUAAAUCUGCGUCCCAUGCUAUCAACAAGUUUCUCACAUUUUUCUUUUGGUGUUGGUACUCUACACUUCCUUGACGCAUUCCCACACAUUUUUUAAUUUCUUUUUGUAGAUAUUAUCGUUUUCACAUCGUUACGUACAUUUUUGAUAGGAUUUAGGUCAGGGCUUUGCGCUGGCCAAUCCGACACACGGAUAUUUUCCUUUUUUAGGCAAUCUUGUGUGACCUUCGCGGUAUGCUUAGGAUCAUUAUUCUGCGUAAAAGUCAAACUUUGUGGCUCAUUUAUUCCUUAAAAUGUCCAGAUAAUGUUAUUUGUCCAUUUUUCAAUUUAUUUGCACAGUUAGCCUACUCCAUGCCAGGAAAAUGUCUCCAAAAUCAUACCGCCUGAAUAUUUUACGGUCUUUUUGGUGUACUUAGAAUUCAAAUCUUGACCUUCUUUGAGAUGGAAUGUGGGUUUUUCAUCUGGCUCCAUUAUAUUUAUUUUAGUUUCAUGGGUUCAUAAUACAUAUUUCUAAAAACAUAGCGCUCGGUUUUCAGGCGCCUUAGCAGAUGCCCUUUUGACAGGAGUGGUUUUUUGUCGGUAAUAUGUCCAAAAAGCUGGGCCUCAUUCAAACGACUUCCGACUGCUUCUUGAUAUUUUCAAAACGUAUUUCCGUUUAUUUCCAGCAUUUUUUCUCUAGAAAUCUUAAAAUAAUCUUGCUUCUUCUUUCGUCUUUUGGUUCCAUUGUCUUCCGUAAAGCAUUGUUUUGAGAUAAAUAUUCUUCACUCUCCUGAAUCAGUUCAAAGGCAUUAUGUACAAUUUUACGGGAAUAAUUCAGUUUUGCAAUUCCUAAAAACCUUUUCCCUGCCUUAGCCAUGUUAUAAAUAAUGUUUCUUUUUUAAGGAGUUCAAUUUAGUUCAAUCUGCGUAAAUAUUUAACUUCCGCUAAAAAUAAAUAAAAAGAUACUUGCAAGAUGCAACCGAGGACUAUGCCAUUUGCGUGACUACUACAAAUUAAUAGCUCGAUCAGAUAAAUCAACGAGAAAAUGCGAUUGCUAGGAUAACGGGACUAUACGAAACCACUGGAUGUAAAAAAAAUCUGCAACAACAAAUACACACAAAGAGCUGUUUACUUAUUUGUUCUCUAUUUUUCUUGAGAGAGUUUGUGUUUGGUUUUGCUCGUUGAGAGUACAUUUACAUUACUUAUUUAUUCCAAAAGUUAAGGCCUUACUGAAUUCUCUAGGGGGUACCCACCUAUUACAGUAACGUAGUAUUCGUUUGCGUUCGGCGGUUCGUAAAAUGAUCGCCCAACGAUGUUGUGAAGCGCGAAUAAGGUUGAAGGUACGGGUAUACAUCGUUAAGCAGACAUACAUAUGUGUUAAUAAGACGUGAACGUCGGCACAUACCGUCGCUUCUUAUGUUGCAACUACCCAUUUUACUUACCAUUCGUCCAUAACAGGCGACGUCAGAAGCGAGAUAUAUACACAAUUGUUGACGAAGCUGAGAGCGGCAAAAUGUUACCAGCUGCCAGUGUAAAAACCAAACUAAAUAUGAAUGACAUAAUUAAAAUUGUUUGUAUGUGCAUUAAUAAAUCUAAAGCGCUCUGGAGAUGGCCAUAUGUGUGAGUCUUGUGUCUCCUCAAACGUUCAGAUAAACGUGUCAAUCGUCAUUUUAAAUCAUGCCAUCUUAUCUGUUGCAAUUUUAUUGGAAAAAAAUAUUUAAUAGUUUGAUUAAAUAUUUUUAGCUAAUUCAUUUUAACGGGCAAAACCCUAAAGAUAAUGCUUCUGUUGUCAUUGUUGUGUAUAUUUUUGUUUGGUUUUUUCGACGUUAAUUUGUCCUUAUUUUUAAAAGAGCUAAAAAGAUAUUUAUAUUGUAUAUAAAUAUAAUUAUUUUAAUCACAAAAUAUUAUGUCAGUACAUAUUGUGUAUAAUCAAAUAACGGAACGGGACGUUAUUUGAUACGCGAAUUUCCCACACUUCACCAUCGAACAUCACAACAAACCUUAGCUAGCUUUUGUCAAGCAUAAGUGGAGAAGAUGAAGUUUUGUCUGUCCAAUUCAAAUAUCAAAAUUUUUUUGAUUCUCAUCGCGGAACCAACAACAAAUCUGUGUAGCGCACGUGUAGCCGACUAAAGCCGACUAUGCCAAUAUAAAAGUGAGCGCAAAGUCAAAUGCAAUGCUAAAAGGCCAAGAUACGAGUAGAGUAGAAAAAUUAAACACGUAAUACAUAACCCAGCAGCAGAAUCAAUUAAAAAUCAAAGUAAACCAAAACAAAAGCAGAAAAAAUAACAGUGUUCAAAAUAAAUCAAAAAUGCCACACAAUAGUCAUAGUUCACAUUCACGGCAUGGUGGUUCUUCAAGCGACGAUUUGGGCAGCACCGAUGAAGUGAAAAUUUUCAAAGAUGAAGGUGAUCGGGAGGAAGAAAAAAUAUCAUCGGAAAACCUACUCGAGGAAAAGUCCAGUUUGAUAGAUUUAACGGAAAGUGAGGAAAAGAGUGGAAAGCUACCAACGAGACCGGAUCUGAGUUCAGUUUUCAGUAAGAUUGAGCCCCACACUUCAAGCUUCAACAUGGGAUAUCUGGUAUCGCCGUAUACGUAUUCCAAUGGCGGUGCAGGCGGACUACCAGUUACAAUGCAACCUAAGGGAACUUUGAAGUUUCAAGAUUGCCUCCCAAUGUACUCGCUGUCACCACUGCCUGUCAUCACCAACAAGCGGUAAUCGAGUUGACAAAAUAUAUAAAUAUAUAACAUUAACAUACAUUUGUCUAAAUUACAUGGUGUUUAUCGUACACCAAUCGUUUGCUUGAUGAUAUCACCCUUUUUUCGUGUUGUCGUAGCUAUUCUAUUAUUUUUUUGUAAUCAAAUGACAAUAUUAGAGUAUGCUGAUCGUCAUACAUACAUUGGAAACAUAAACUCACAAGUUUGUAAUUGAACCGGCUCAACCCCGAAUCAAAAUACAAUAUGUACAUACAAAUCAUAAAUUUGUUUAUAAAAAUAUACAUACCCAGCAGAAAAUGGUAAGGUUUUAGAAGCAAACUAUAUUUGAUACCUGUUUUGUUUUUGGGUUGUUGCCAUUUUGCGCUUACGCGUUUUUAACUAAAUAGCUAUUUCAUUUGCCUACUUACUAAUCGCACUUAGAAAACUACUUUAAUCAACCAAACAUGAACUAGCCAGCCAAAUGUAAUAUGUGUUCAUGUGAGAUAGCAAUUGACAGUUCUAGCUUCGAACCAAAAAUCUGUUUUGUUUAAUAAUUAUGUUUUCAUAACAAAUGAAGGCUGUAGCUUUUAAUUGAUAGAAGUACAUUCGAAGGGCUUUACAUUCUCUGUCAAUUAGAAUAAUAAUUUAGUUUUGGAUUUUUGUCGGACCAUGACUGGAGUAGACGUAUAUAAUAAAUAAAUAUGCUACCUUUUAUUGAUUUACAUAUUUAGCUACAUUGUCUGAUCUUAUAGCAAGCAGAUAGAAGAGACUUAUUUAUUCGUUUCAAAGGUAUUGUGCGUAUAUUUUGAUUGAUCUUCAUUCACGUAAUAUGAUAUUUAUUGAAAAAGAUUAAGUCCUAUUAGUUGAAGCUACAAGCUUUUAUGCACCUUACCGACAAAGUAAACUAUAAAUACGACGAAUGCUCUGAUUCCCUUUCCUAAAUAAUCCUUAAUAAUAAUCCCAUUUAUUGACAAAACCGCAAAUAAAUAAAAAAUUCAUGUAGUUUUUUAGUUUAUGGUAAACAGACAAUCAUAUAUGUUGAAAACGCGGCUGACUGUUUUAUAAUACAUAAUAAUAUUGUUAAAUUUCAAAAGAAUCGACUAUUGUAUAUCACCUCCACUAGCACAUGCAUACUUAAUUACCAUUGUUGAAAAACCUUGUUAUUUUCAAUGUACACAAUGCAUCAUCCCUAAUAAUUAUUGCCUUUUAAAGUUUGCCCAAGGCGAUUUUUUGGUAAAAGUUGCCACAUGUGCUUGGUAUUUCAAACAAUGAUAUUGAGAGAAGAAAAAACAUUGAAAACCUACAUUGAUAUUUUAUUUUUUUGCUAAAGGGGUGACAGUUAUACAGUUUUAGGUGGCAGUGUUUAUGAAUGCUAUGAAAAACUUGGAAAAGUAUAAUUAACAAUUUUUUUUGAAAUCAUUAUUCUUGGCGCAAAAAGAUCGCAACAUUUUGAAUAUUUUCAAUUAUAUUUGGGCUAUAAAUUAUAAUUCAUACUAAAGUAACUCAAAAAGCAAUCACAUACCCUCAAAAAAGAAAAUAAAUAAGUAUAAACCCUUCCUAUAUUUGUUGUUGCAGAAAACGCAAAAGGAAGAAAUCAACAUAUUGGCGCAGGUGAAUGGUGAUAGCUUAAAUUUUAGUUGUGCUUUGUGCGUGGUACUAUCCCUAGAUCUUGCCAUCACUUAGUAUAUAUAUAUUUUGUGCACAAAUUUUUAAAUAAAAAAUGUAGUCUCUUUUUUUUGUGAUGAACUUAGACACCUAAGACGCCGUUUCUAUUUUACCUCUGCACUUCCAACACUUAUGUACAUAUAUAUACUUACAUAC